CGAUAACGAGGAAAGCCUUACACGGGCCAGCCGACAUCGGUCACUGCAAUGCCUUAAGACCGUUGAGCGCCCCAGCUUCCGCACCCCCUUCCCAACACGACCAUGCCGACCUCUUUUACUCUCCCCUCCCACUUCCAGCUGAACACGGGCGCUAAGAUCCCCGCCGUCGCACUGGGCACGUGGCAGUCGAUGCCAGGUGAGGUGCGCAAUGCCGUUUCAUUCGCUCUCAAGAACGGCUACCGCCACAUUGAUGCGGCGCUCAUCUACAAAAAUGAGCAUGAGGUGGGGCAGGGGAUCAAGGACAGCGGGGUUCCCCGCGCCGAGAUUUUUAUCACUUCCAAACUUUGGAACACCCACCAGGCGGACGCAGCUGAGGGUCUUCAACAAACACUCGAAGCACUCGGCACGGACUAUCUUGACCUGUACCUUGUGCACUGGCCAGUACGUUUGGUGCCGCAGUCUUCUGGCGACCCCCUUCUUCCCGUAAAUCCCGACGGCACGCGAUCAGUGGAUCGCACGUGGGACCAGGCUGAGACCUGGCGGCAAAUGGAGGAGCUGUACGCCAGCGGCAAGGUCAAGGCUAUCGGUCUUUGCAACUGGUCCAUCCCCUACCUUGAACAGCUCAAGAAGACCUGGGAGGUCGUGCCCGCCGUCAACCAGUGCGAGCUGCACCCUUUCCUGCCCCAGCACGCGCUCAGAAACUACUGCGCCGAACUUGGUAUCCUCAUGGAAGCAUACUCGCCCCUGGGAAGCACGGGCGCUCCGCUCAUGAGUGACACUGAGAUCGCCGCCAUCGCCGAGGCACACAGUGUGUCUCCCGCUACGGUGCUAAUCAGCUAUCACGUCAACCAUGGCACGGUCGCGAUCCCGAAGAGUGUCAGCGAGAAGCGUAUUGCGGCCAACCAGACGGUCAUCAAGCUCUCGGAGAAGGAGAUGGCAGUUCUCGACGGCCUUGCCGCCAAGGGCAAGGCCAAGCGGAUCAACACCCCACUGUGGGGGUGGGACCUCGGCUUCGACGACUGGUACGCACCUGCCGGUAAAUAGAAGUAUUCAACGUACAUGUCCUCUCGUAGACUUAUGUUGAAGCGAUGGAGGGGUCCGGCCGCAUUGGCGGUCAUUUCGUU